UGCGUAAUCAGAACACAUACAAUUCACGCACGUAAAAACGCGCCCCCCGUCGAUUUGGCUCCGCAAGUCCCCUUUAAAAAUCCCGAAUCCAAGCCUAAUGAUUUAUCAAACUCCUAUUAUCAAGAAAAUGUCACACGAAGGGCACCUUGCUCUGCACUGACGCAAACUACUCCAAUCUUUCCCACAGAGCCAUAGAAAAGCUUUGCACUUGCUGCUUUGCGCGGCAAUAUCCACUUCAGCUUCCAGUCCUCUCCUCCUCUUUUUAGCAGCUGUUUUCAGCCCGACAGCAGACCUCUGCACAAAAUGGAUUUUUCUGAGCAGAGAGACAUGGCCAAGCAACCGGUCGGAGCUCCUGCAGGCUACAUCCCAAUGCAGCAGCAAGAAGGAGCGGCGGGACUUACAGCAAACAAACCGGACAACACGGUGGCAUGCCAACCACAUUCCCCUCAUCAUCACCCGGCACCUCAGCCGCCGCCUCCCUGCAACGAGAAUAAAACUUUUUGUCCCACGGAAAAUAAACCGGGAGAACCGGACUCCAAUAAGGAGUAUGGGACGUUUAAGAGCACCCAGGCCCCUCAGGUCCCCGGAUCAGGGGCCACACAAUCGGCCUUUAAGGAUUCGUCUGGAGACCCGCUCCGGGCCACCUCAGAGCAAAACAACACCCCGGGUAAUUGGACGGCUAUGAGCCAGACCACCAUCAUACUAGGGACAGAUGGGAACACGUCUGUUCAGCCCGGGACUAUAACGGGGGCAGACGAAGAUGAUGAUGAAGGGGGAGAUGAAAAUAAGGCCAGGGGAAACUGGUCUAAUAAAUUGGAUUUUAUUUUGUCCAUGGUUGGUUAUGCGGUGGGACUUGGAAAUGUGUGGAGGUUCCCUUAUCUUGCCUUUCGAAAUGGUGGAGGUGCUUUUUUGAUUCCCUAUCUAACAAUGUUGGGCAUCGCCGGGAUCCCAAUCUUUUUGUUGGAAGUGUCCCUGGGCCAGUUUGCCAGCCAGGGCCCCGUGUCAGUUUGGAAGUGCAUUCCCGCCCUUCAAGGUUGCGGGAUUGCCAUGUUGAUAAUAUCUGUCUUGAUAGCCAUUUACUAUAACAUUAUAAUGUGCUGGACACUGUACUACCUGUUCGCUUCGUUGAAGGGCUCACUGCCAUGGGCUAACUGUAGGAAUGAGUGGAACACGCUGGAAUGUAAGGACAAAGACAUGCUGCUGUUAGACUCAUGCAUCCUGCGGGACAAAACCACAGUUUCCAUCAAGAACUCUACUUUCUGUCUGUCCGCAAACACUAUGGGGAACCUGUCAAAGCUGCUUAACAUGACAAUUGACGGCAACAGGACCUACGUCAGCCCUAGUGAGGAAUAUUUCAAGUACAAUGUGUUGCAUAUUUCCAAAGGGAUUGAAUAUCCAGGAGACAUCCGCUGGCCUCUGGCAGGCUGCCUCUUCCUUGCCUGGCUCAUUGUCUACGCUUCUUUAGCCAAAGGAAUCAAGUCAUCAGGCAAAGUGGUUUAUUUCACAGCCACAUUUCCUUAUGUGGUGCUGGUCAUUCUUCUUAUCAGAGGAGUGACCCUUCCUGGUGCUGCUGAUGGCAUCCUUUACUUUAUUACACCAAAAUGGGAAAAACUUAAUGAUGCAAAGGUGUGGAAAGACGCUGCAACUCAGAUCUUCUUCUCCUUGUCGGCUGCCUGGGGAGGGCUCAUUACCCUCUCCUCAUACAAUAAGUUCCACAAUAACUGCUACAGGGACACUGUAAUAGUGACGUGUACCAACAGUGCGACCAGUAUAUUUGCUGGAUUUGUCAUCUUCUCUGUAAUUGGUUUCAUGGCUCAUGAACUGAAAGUGCCAAUAGAGAAGGUAGCAGAUGAGGGUCCAGGCAUAGCCUUUGUGGUGUAUCCUGAAGCUCUGACCAGACUUCCCCUCUCUCCUUUCUGGGCAAUCAUAUUCUUCCUCAUGCUCCUAACUCUUGGACUUGAUACCAUGUUUGCCACCAUUGAGACGAUUGUAACAUCCGUGACAGAUGAGUACCCCAAAUACUUGAGGAAGCAUAAACCGCUCUUCACCCUGGUAUGCUGUGCGUCUUUCUUCAUCCUGGGUUUUCCAAUGAUAACAGAGAGCGGGAUGUACAUGCUCCAGUUGGUGGACACAUAUGCAGCCUCUUAUUCUUUGGUCAUCAUUGCCAUAUUUGAGCUGAUUGGGAUUUCUUACCUGUACGGUCUGCAGAGGUUUUGCGAGGACAUCGAAAUGAUGAUUGGUUUCCAGCCAAACCGAUUUUGGAGAGUGUGCUGGGCCUUUGUGACUCCAACAAUCUUGACAGGCAUCCUGGGACUCAGUCUGUACCAGUGGAAAGUGAUGACAUACGAGGACUACACCUACCCCACCUGGUCUAUGGUCCUGGGCUGGCUGAUGGUUAUUUGCUCAGUAAUCUGGAUCCCCAUCAUGUUUUUCAUUAAGAUUUACCUGGCCCCUGGCAGCAUAGCCGAGCGUUUGAAGUUGGUCUGCUCCCCUCAGCCUGACUGGGGACCUUUCCUGAUGAAGCACCGUGGAAAUCGCUACAAAAACAUGAUGGACCCAUUAGGAACCAGUUCUCUGGGUCUCAAACUGCCCCCAAAGGACUUCCAGCUAGGUUCAUAUCAGUAGCAGCUGUUUUGGCAACAAAACCUUCCAAUUUCAAUUGGGGGCAUUGGGAGUGGGGUGGAUGCCUGCUUCCAGGCUGUUUUCUCCACCUCCUUUUCAUCUUCCUUCUACUCAGUUUUUUUUUUUUCAUGCUUUGUACUUCACUCCAUUUGCUUCCCCUCUUUAGCAUGGAGGUGGGAACAGGCUUUUCCUCUUCUUUGACUCCUUCACCAAUUCCUGUCUUGUCCUAGGAAGGGGUUGCUGUCCAAGUGGAAUCCUGCUGCUACACGGUAUUCGGUUAAUGGGCUUUCAUUGCCUCCCACACAUGACCACUGAUUACUCCACAGCCCUAUCCCAGGGAACUCAUUCCAAGAGAAGGAUUGUGUCAUAAAAUGACACAACUCAGACUGCACUUGCAAUAUUAGACUCACAAUAGCUGUUCCCUACAGAGUUGUGUUUGUUUGUCGGUGUGUGUGUGCGUUUGUGUGUUUGGCAAUGCAUUUCUGUGAGGACUUAAUGAAUCAUGUCGGUAGAAACAGACAAAAAAAGAAAAAAGAAAAUGUACCUACAGAAAAAAAGGGGUGGGAUAAGCUUAGUGGGGAUCUUUGUUUUAGGUCCAUCUGUCUACAAAAUUAGUACAAAAUCAUACAAAAUAUAAUUAUUGCCUCUAAAAAGAUUUAAAAAGACCCAGUCUGCUUUGUUAUCAUGUUUCCAGCACUCUGUAUUUAUAGUAAUAUCAAGUACAACUCAGUCGCUCUUGCUUUGUCAGAAAUAGGUUCUGAUAUCUGUAAUUGUGCCUCCUAUGUCUCAGUAGAGCAGCGAAUGCAUCCUGAUUACCAGUUCUGUGUGAUAUACUUUGGCCUUUAAGACCUCAGCAUUGGAAUAGAAACUUGGAUUCUCUUCAUUUCCAAACCCAAGGGACAGAAUUAUACCUUAUUUCUCUGUCUCUUCUUUAAGCUGUGUUUCAGUUGCUUCAACUGUGAAUAUAGAACAGCACAAUGUAGAAAGCUAUGAGAAAUACCUAGCAAUCAUUUUCGUUGGUUAUUCCUUGGCUAAUUAACUCUUUCAGGUUGACGAAGAUGACCUCAUAGUCACUCUGUGCAUAUAUUUUAAACGUCUAUUGAAUACUGUAUGUACAGUAUGUGUUGUGACUUUGUCAAGCCAUAAGAAUCUUCUGUGCAAUUAACAUUACAUAAGUAGAGUAACAAAAUUAAAUAUAUGAAUACC